AUGCCAGAAAGCCCAUGCUUUGAAUCAGAUCAUGAGGACUAGCAACUGUUGCUAGUCAAUCACACAGAAAAAAAUGGAAAGCAACUACAAAAUUCUGAACAAAAUUCACCUCACCAUGGAGUGGAUACAUCAGGUGGAAACAGCGCUUAACUCCAUGAUAGAGAAAGAAGGUUCUCUGUAUUUAGGGAUCAUAAAUAAUUGAAAGUAGAUAUUGAUGUUGCUAAUUAGAAUUCGAGGCAUAGGUAAUAACAUGUUAUAAAAAUUGAUACCUACCCUCUACAGAUAGCUAAGGCUGCUCCUCGUAGAAAUGAAACUAAUUUUGCUACUAGUCUAAAUUAAAAUUAAUUGAACCAGAAUGGACGUUAACCUAAAUAGAUAAUGUCAAGUACUUAGAACAUAAAAUUCUAGAUAUCACAACAGCAGCCAUAUCUUUAAAAUUAUAAAUCUCAAAACAUAAACUUUUCUACUGCUCAUAAAGAUUCAGACAAAGGUAAAUUAAAGAUAGAUGUUUCAGUCUUCGUCCAUGAACAAAAAGGAAAAAUAAAGGCUAGAUAUAGAAUUUUGGAGACAAUAGGGAAAGGUUCCUAUGGAGAAGUUAAAAAAAUUCAAUCUAAAACAAAUUAUGAAUUGAGAGCGAUGAAAAUCAUUAGAAAAGAAGAUGUUUCAAAGGAGUACAUGCAAUCUUUGCUCAAUGAGAUAGAUAUACUUAAGUAAUUGGAUCAUCCAAAUAUCGUUAGGAUUUACGAGUUUUAUUAAGAUAAACUACAUUUUUACUUGAUAACUGAGUAUAUUGAAGGUGGAGAGCUUUUCGAUAAAAUAACAAAAGUAAAAUGCUUUACUGAAGCUGAUGCAGCUAAAGUUAUGAAGCAGCUUUUAUCUGCUGUUGUUUACUGUCAUAAUAAGAAAAUUGUUCACAGAGAUUUAAAGCCUGAGAAUUUGCUGAUUGAUUUGAAAACUUAAGAUUCCCUCAAGGUCAUUGAUUUCGGAACGUCAUAAAUAUUUGAUCCAAAUACUAAAAUGCAUUAAAAAUAUGGGACAAGAAGGUACGAUGAGAAAUGUGAUGUCUGGAGUUGCGGUGUUAUAAUGUAUAUUCUACUUUGUGGAUAUCCACCUUUUAAAGGAAAAAAUCAUAAAGAAAUAUUUGAUAAGAUUAAGACAGGAAAAUUUUCAUUUGCUGCUGCUGAAUGGAAAAAUGUUUCAAGAGAGGCAAAAGUAAUGAUUAAAAAAAUGCUGACCUUCACUCCCGAAGAAAGAGUCAGUGCUCAUUAGGCACUUGAAGACGAAUGGAUCGUUUAAAAUGCUAUGAGAUAAACACAGAAAUCUCUUGACUAAUUUCAUCAACCAAUUAUGAAUGACAUGAUGGAAAAUCUUAAAAAGAUAAAUGUAAUCAAUACAUUCCAUUAAAUCUUAUUUUCUUAGAUUGAGUAAAAACUUUAAUAAGCAGUUCUAACAUACUUUGCAAACUACAUGAAUUAUGAUUAGGAGAAACGACGUCUGCUUGAAAUAUUUCAAGCAUUCGACACUAAUGGAGAUGGCUAACUUGAUUACAAGGAGCUUUUAGAAGGUUACACAACAUACUUUAAUGGUGACUAUGAGAGAGCAGAAAUUGAAGUGACUGAAAUCCUUGAAAAACUUGACUUCAAUCACAAUGGAAAUAUCGAUUAUUCUGAGUUCAUGAUUGCUCAUUUAAAUGUUGCUUAAAUGGUACACGAAGAUAAACUGAAAGAGGUGUUUAAUUUGUUUGAUAUUGAUCACUCUGGAACUAUAACUGUAGAUGAAAUUAAAAAGAUAUUAGGAAACAGCAAGGGGAAGAGCAAUCCAAAUGAUGAUAUCGAUGAUAAUGAAUGGGAUAGAGUACUUGAAGAAGUUGAUAAAGAUGGGAAUGGAGAAAUAUCUUUUGAGGAAUUUAAGGAGAUGAUUUAUAAUAUGUGCAACAUGGAGAUGGAAAAGAAGCCAACUUUAGCUUUAGAAGAAGAGUUGAAAGAUGGCAAUGGUGGUGGAGAAAAUAACAAAUAAUUUAAAUAAUAAGUAAGUCUUUUGUAAAGUAUGGGGACCGAGAAGACUUAGAGACGUAAAAAGAAGAAAAUCAUUAUUACUAAUAAAAUAAAGACGAAGAAAUCUUUGAAAAAUCCCAAUACAGAUCUUGAAAAGUAGUAAACUAAUUAAUAAUAGUAGCUAGAUGCAUCUCAGUAAUAAAACAUUUGA